CAACGAUUAUAGAGCUCAAUAGCUCGCAUCCUCCGCCACUCACGGAUUCUGUGAAGGCACAACAGCGGCGGCGGCAGCGCGCAAAUAACAAUCUUAAGAAACAUUAAGAAGCGUUUAUUUUUCUUUUCAGCGCUGAAGAAACAAGAGCGGGACUUCUUUCUUCUCCAGUUUAUUGCCUUCGUUUUCUAUCUUCUUACCAGUGAGCAGCAGAGCAGGCGGCUUUUUCCCUCCACCAGCACACAACUCUUUUCCGAGCCGCUGGUGAGGAGCGUUUUAUUCCCGGGGAGAAAGACCGUCCUCCCGCUUGGACCCGGUACCGGCUGCGCUCACUCCUCUGGCGGGCUCCGGAGCUGCUGUUCCCGGUGUGAGAGGACCAGGCACCGAUCACUGAUAAGGGGCCCGCUCACAAGGACUUGUCCCAGCGAGGCAUCCACAAACCCCCCGUGUUUGCAGCCCAGGAUUUGUUAGGGGGGGACGCAGUAUCUGGGCAAUUGCUGGGAUGUUUGAGCCGCGUUGUUUGGUGGGGUGAAGGGACCGAGAGAGUGGCCGGAGAGACCGAGGGACGGAGGCCGAGAGAGGGAGAGCAUGGCUCUGGUAGCGCUGUCUCUCUGGGUGCUAACAAGUCUCACCUGGGCGAACCUCCUCCAGGUGUCAGCCAACAGGCAUGCCGUGCACUGGAACAGCUCCAACAUACAUCUGCGCAGGGAGGGCUACACAGUGCAGGUGAACGUCAACGACUACCUGGACAUCUACUGCCCCCAUUACAACGACAGCCAGCGCAUGGUGGGCACCGGCGAGCAGUACGUCCUCUACAUGGUCAGUUACCGUGGUUACAGGACCUGCGACCCCCAGCUGGGUUUCAAGAGGUGGGAGUGUAACCGCCCUCACGCCCCGCACGCACCCAUCAAGUUCUCCGAGAAGUUCCAGCGCUACAGCGCCUUCUCGCUGGGCUACGAGUUCCACGUUGGACACGAGUACUACUACAUCUCCACGCCCACACAUCACCAUGGUCGCAGCUGUCUGAGACUACGAGUGUAUGUCUGCUGUUCCACAGCCUCUGACGUAGAUGAUGAGCCAGAGCCUACAGAACCAGACUACACUCUUAGACCAGGCCUCAAAAUUGAUGAUAUUGAUGACUUUAACCCUUUCGUUCCCAAGCUGGAGAAGAGUGUCAGUGGAAGCAGCCCAUCCAGGGACCGUCUUCUCCUCACCGUGAUGAUGCUCCUCCUGGUCGCUCUCUUCAUCUCCUAGCAACGGCCAUCCCAUCAGCAUCACCAUGCCAACUAGCCUUGGGAAGGUGUACAGCAUCGGGGGGUGGGAGGACGAGCAGGAGCAGCGAAGACAGGAG